CUAGGAUGCGCGAAACCCUCUGAGGGAUUUCCCUUUAUUUGAUAUCCAUGUUGAUUGCGUUGAAAGAGAAAAACCCAGUAUAAACAGACUAGAAACACAGCGCCAGUCAUGUCAGAGACAUACGAUUUCCUGUUUAAGUUUCUUGUAAUCGGAAAUGCAGGAACUGGAAAAUCUUGUCUGCUUCAUCAGUUUAUAGAAAAAAGAUUCAAAGAUGACUCGAAUCACACUAUCGGGGUUGAAUUUGGCUCGAAGAUAAUCAGUGUGGUCAAUAAGUUUGUCAAGCUCCAGAUCUGGGAUACAGCAGGACAGGAGCGUUUCAGGUCUGUAACACGCAGCUAUUACAGAGGGGCAGCAGGGGCUCUUCUCGUGUAUGACAUCACUAGUCGAGAAACCUACAACGCUCUGACCAACUGGCUGACAGAUGCCAGGAUGCUGGCCAGCCAGAACAUCGUGAUCAUACUGUGUGGAAAUAAGAAAGAUCUGGAUGCUGACCGUGAAGUCACCUUUCUGGAGGCCUCACGCUUCGCUCAAGAGAAUGAGCUCAUGUUUUUGGAGACCAGUGCUCUAACAGGGGAGAACGUGGAGGAAGCUUUUGUCCAGUGUGCUCGGAAAAUCCUAAACAAAAUAGAGUCAGGAGAGCUGGACCCGGAGCGGAUGGGUUCAGGAAUCCAGUACGGAGAUGCAGCGUUGCGGCAGCUGCGUUCUCCCAGACGGGCUCAAGCAGAGAGCGUGCAGGAGUGUGGCUGUUAACACAGAUCCCAGACAGCUGACCAACCAGGCAGGUUUUGUGAACACGAGGAGGAGGACAUUAGUGGGGAGUUUGACGUAUGGCUCAUCGUGUUGGAGUGACUGUUUCCCUCACCUUACAUUUACUUCUGUUCUGACAUGCCGAGGGACCCCCCUGUGCUCUAAAAGGCUCCAGAAAAAUGUUUACUGUCCCCCACGGGCCCAAGCCAAGACAUCUGUGGUACCCAAAACCCUGAGGGUAGCUAAAAGACCCAGCCCUUGCCCCUGAGAAUACUGCACUGAGCCCUUUUCCCGUCUUUCCCUCUUCCAUAUGUAGAUGUUGUGUAGAGAAGAGUUUCUAUUAUCACCGUGGAGCAUGUUUCAUGGUUGCAGUAC